AUGAAUGAAAGACGAUGUUUUUUUAGUUUAUUGCAAACCUUUGACACUGUUUAUCACGUGAGGAAUAAAUCAAGACUAAAUAGUGCACCGACUAGCCAUAAAGUUUCAAGAUGAAAAGGAAAUCCUUUUGUAAGAGUUUUCAUCAUUGGAGGAAAGCAAUAAUUAUGUAAAAUCUAAUAAAAAAUAACCCGAAGAAUUCCUAUUGUUUCGAAAAGAUUUAAUGAUUGAAAAUAAAAAUCAUGCUGUCUUUUUCAGGAGAUUUUUAUAUGGAUGAAAAUCAGUCAUUGGAUUAUGUAAAUGGAUUAAAUUCUGAAAACAAAAAACAUAUUUUAAUUCGAAGAAUACGUAUGGCAAAUUUUGGAACAUAUAAUCAUUGGUUUAGAAAAAAUUCAGAAAAAUAUGGAGCGGCAACAUAUCUUUUGCCAGUUGGUUCCGUAUUUGUUUUAACAAUAAUAAUUUUACUGAUGGUGAUGUUUAAGCGAUGCCCGCAAUUGGUUGCAGCGAUUGUUACCGGGAUUUUGGGAACGAUAGCAAUAUUUACGGUAUUAGUGACUAUAAAUCAUCCCGAUGUUUACGAAUAAUCAUUUUAUUAUAAUUUAAAAAUCACAUUCAUUCAGUGUAAAUAAUGUUAGAAUAUGCAUUUAUUUUAUAACAAACAACCUAUUGUUGUCAAUUGUCACUCUAAAAAAUAACCUCUUUAAAAAAGUGUCCUUCGAUUUAUUAUAUUAUAAGACUGUAAACAUUUAAAAACUAUUUAUACACAUAAAACAAACGAUUUUAAUUUAAA